AUGCCGAACCGACAGAAGAAGCUCCUGUUCUCCGCCGCUGGCAUCCUCGGCCUCUCCUGCGCUCUGACGGCCGCCGUGGCUUCCGGCCUGCCCUUCUGGCUCCGCGGGGCCAUGCUGUGCCGAACCGGAGCCGAACUCGUUAACGCUACCGGUCCUGAGCUGGACAAGUUCCUGGGCGACCUGAGCUACGGUCUGUUUCACGGACAGAGGGUGAAGCAGUGCGGCCUGGGGGGCAGACUGUCCCGGUUCUCAUUCUUCCCAGACCUCCUGAGUGUGAUCCCUGCUGGACUCCACGUCAUCGUUAUAUUCUUCUGUGGUAUUGUGGUCCUCUUCUCCUCUGUGGCUGCCGGCUUCUUCUUCUUUAACGCCUUUGGACGCCCCUACGAGACGCUGCAAGGCCCCAUGGGACUGUACCUGUGGAGCUUCAUCUGCUGUCUGGCCAGCUGCUUGGUGAUGAUCCUGUUUGCAUCUGAAGUGAAGAUCCAUCACCUUUCUGAGCGCAUCUCCAACUUCAGUGAAGAGACCUUCGUCUUCCAGACCUACACAGAAAGCUACGACCGAUGCUUCUGGCUCUUCCUCCUCAUCUUCUUCCUUCAUGGACUCAACGCUGUUCUGAUCCGACUGGCCGGAGUCCGGUUUCCCUUUCAGGAGAACAAAGAGGUGGAGCUGAGCGGCGGAGCGGCUGACCUCAUGUACUGAUCCUCUGUAGCGCCUCAGAGGAAAGCUCUGAAGUGAACCGGAUCAGCGCGGUUCUGACACAAAUAGUCAUCCUGUCUGAUUCUCAGAGCAGGACGACAGAAUCUGUGAUGUUCUUUAGUGUUGACGAGUAGCUAGAUCAUCAGAUCUCAAAGAGAUUCAGACAACCACAAACUGACCAGAACAAUUUGGGUUAGAACUCUAGAACCUGAUGUUUUUACCUUUUAUAGAGGAGAAAAAUAAACUCUGUUUUUCAUCUG